UUUCCUGCUUCGGGAGCAGAGAAUUUUCUAGCGAGUGACUCUGAGGAGCUACUACCAUGGCGGGAAAGCCCGUGUUCCAUUAUGAUGAGGCCCGGGGUAGAAUGGAGUCUGUCCGGUGGCUCUUGGCUGCAGCUGGAGUAGAGAUGGAGUUCUGAUGUUCCAACAAGUGCCCAUGGUGGAGGUGGAUGGGAUGAAACUGGUGCAGACCAGGGCCAUCCUCAACUACUUUUCCAGCAAAUACAACCUCUAUGGGAAGGACAUGAAGGAGAGAGCCCUGAUUGACAUGUAUUCGGAAGGUUUAGCAGAUUUGAAUGAGAUGUUUAUUCUCUACCCAUUCGACCCACCUGGGGUCAAAGAAGCAAAUAUUGCCCUGAUGAAAGAGAAAGCAACAAACCGUUACUUUCCUGCCUUUGAAAAGGUGUUAAAGAGCCACGGACAGGACUACCUCGUUGGCAACAAGCUGAGCAAGGCUGAUAUUCACCUGGUUGAAAUGAUCUACAACAUGGAAGAGCUGGAUCCCAACAUUAUAGCCAACUUCCCCCUGCUUCAGGCUCUGAAAACCCGAAUCAGUGACAUGCCCACCAUAAAGAAGUUUCUGCAGCCUGGCAGCCAGAGGCAGCCUCCCGUUGAUGAGAAAAGCAUACUAAAAACAAGAAAGAUUUUCAAGUUUUAAUGAAGAGACAUGGACCCUGCACUACACCUACAUCCUGAUCCUGAAGACUGAGACAAUGAGCUCUCUCACGUAUGCGUAUUAGUGAAACAGUGGGCUCCAGGACACAGUUUAAAGAAAAGUCUUUUACUUAGGGUAGGCUGUGGGAUUGCUUUUCUAAUUUCCUGACAUAACUCUUUCCUGUAAUAAAAAAAUUAAUACAAAAAUGAA